CUCAGCUGUCGGGUCGGUGUUGAAGCUGUUGUUGCUGCCGCAGUUUCUGUUUCUCACAGAUUUUUAUGCUGUUGAAAACAUUAGCAGCUGUAAUGUCACAUGUAGGCUCAAGGCACCGGUCUAACGGUGCCCGGGAUUUUGCUUGAAUUCAAACCAUUUAGAGCAGGCUUUUGUCUAUUGCAGCUGUAAAACCCUGGUGUGAUGCAUUCGCUGGCUCAGGAGAUCCAGGGAUUCUCCAAAAACCAUCUGAAGAAGCAGUGCACGCGUGUUACCACGGUGACGGGCAGGAAGCUGCUGGAGAGGAGGAGCGAUGGCGGAGAGGGAGAGGUGGAGCAGGUGGAAGAGCUGGAGGAGGGAAGUGGAUGUGGAUUUGUAGAAGAUAAAAGUCUGGACCUUCAAGUUGGUGUCGUUAGACCCUUCCUACUGCUGGCCUCUCAGGAUGCAGCCCACGACAUUGACACCCUGCAGAGAUAUAAGGUGUCUCAUGUGCUAAAUGUGGCCUAUGGAGUCAAUAACCUGUUCCCAGAUCAGCUGGUGUACAAGACGCUCCAGAUCCUGGAUCUCCCAGACACGGACAUCACUUCAUAUCUUGAGGAAUGCAGCUACUUCAUAGAUCAGGCUCGAGAACAGCCCGAGAAGAGACUUUAUUCUGUGAUGGGAGGCUCCAUGUUGAAUAAAAGAGACAAAUGUGUCAAUACGCUGAGCUUCAGAGCUGAGCCUUGAGCCUGCGCGAUUGUCUAAAGAUGUGGCUGGAAUUUUUUAAAGUUUAUUUCCAGCCAGGCACUGUAGGCAGUAAAAUAAUUACAUCAACAUUAAUAUUAAUCAUAUCACAAAUUUUAACACACACAGCCUUGGCCACAGACAGAUUUAUUCUUGCUCUACAUGCACUGUCUAAUGCUGCUGUCAGAGAUGUUGGAAAGUCAGAAAUGACAGAUUUUCAUGAGGAAAAAUGCAAUGAAAUGAGUCUUCAAGCUGUGAUUUUACCGACCUGAUGCCGUGUCAACAUGGUGAAUAACUACACUCAUUUAUUAGAACAUGUUUAGAAUUUUUAAAUGACUAAAAGACAUCAGUGUUAUCUGGCCAUGUGGAUAAUUAAAUGUUAAGAUAUCAGCCUCUGAAUUUUAUGCUACAACCUCAAUACUGUGGAAUUGAAUGAAAUUUUGUUUGUGCUGGUCAAGUACUGAAAAUUAUAAUUCAAAAACUGUUUUCAUGGGGAGUAUUUCUUCUGUAGAAAGUAGUCUCUAUGGCUACUGUUCACAGUGAGGUCUGUGAAAUAUCUGCAGUAACCAUGGCAUUGUUUCUGGCAGCACUGACAACACUGUUAGAUUUUUUUUAAAUGUCACUUUUCAAUGUUCUGAGCACAACAAAUGUAAGUUCUUUUACCUCCAUCUUACUGGAGUGGCAGCGGAAAUCUCAGAAAUGGAUAUCUCAAAAUCUUAGCAGAUAAAAACUGUACAACUGGGAGUAGGUGAAUAUUUUUUGUAAUUAAGGUGAACUCACCCUUUUAAUCUGGAAAACACUGAAAACUGGCUGCAAAUGUACAACCGCUGUCAUUUAAAUCACCAUAAAAUCCAAUAUUAGCAAUAAUACAGUCGAUUCAGGUCAUUUUAUAGGAGCUGUACACUAUAUACAGUACGAAUAUGUAACACAACAAAAGCAGCUAAUUUAGGCUGUUUAUUUGCUGUGAGUUCAAGGUUAGCACUACGGCUAACCACCACCACCGCAGCCUUAACCCCUCUCCUGUCUUACGUUCUUUUUCUCUUUCCAUAGGGUGGUGUGGUGCUGGUCCACUGUAAUGCUGGUGUGUCACGCUCCUCCUCAAUUGUGAUUGGCUACCUGAUGUUGAGGGAGGGGCAGACGUUUGAUGAUGCAUACAGCCAGGUGAAACUGGCGAGGCCAUCGAU